AUGGUUCGCCUCGUAGAUGGCAAAGAUACAAGUUCGGAUGUCCUAGCGGGAUUACCAUACGUUACUUUGAGCUACCGCUGGAGUAGCACCGAGGACCAAGUGCAACAGCGACUGAUGCUGACCAAGGCAACGGAACAGCGACUACGGCACGGAUUCCGUUUCCAUGACCUGCCAGCCACGCUCCGGGAUGCUUGCAUCGUCGUUCAAAAUAUUGGCUACCCUUACUUGUGGAUCGAUAGGCUUUGUAUAGUUCAAGACUCAUUCGAGGACUGGGCAGCCGAGGCCGGUUCGAUGGCACAGAUUUAUAACAACGCCCAUCUCAACAUUCACGCCAGCUGCGCCUCGGACGAAGAUGCGGGCUUCUUGAGGAGUAGAACCCUUAUAAGAGCCGGAAUCCAGCCACUUCGGGUUCGUUCUGUGGCUCGUUCCCGAGGCCUGCAGCAGAUGAGGCCAGUGUACGGGAACACAAGCCCAGACAAUGCCGGAAGAUUACUGGAGCACCACACCGGAACGGGCAAUGACGUCGUGUUCACCCCGCGCCUUGUAUUUGGCGACGCUGAUGAGACCAGAGGCAAACUCGGGCAUCUUGCUGCCCGAGGCUGGAUCUUCCAGGAGAGGAAGUUCUCGCGCCGCAAAAUUUUCUUCUCCGGGGAGAUCGUUCAUUGGGAGUGCAACGAGGUCCGCGCGGACGAGAUCGAAUAUGGAGGCUCCAAAAUACGACGGAUCGAAGCGCGCUCUGGUUCCCCGCGACAUGAUUGGUGGCGCCCUUCUCCGUGGCAAGAACUUAUACAAGAUUACUCCGGGACGAAGCUGACAUUUCGCCGCGAUAAGCUGUGGGCAAUAGCUGGCCUGGCCCGGGAAACUAGGGCUGGAACUCGAGCUGGCAUCCACGAUGAGCGCUACUAUGCCGGCCUGUGGAGGUCCACAUUCAUAGCUGACUUGACCUGGACGUAUCAGGACCACCGUCACUUUAGGUCAGAGUACUGUGGCGCGUAUGUCGCGCCGUCAUGGUCGUGGGCCUCGGCCCAUGGCCGCGUGCGCUGGCACCUCAAGCUGCAUCCAGAUUAUGUGGUGGAACAUGCAUCCGUCAAGGACGUCCAACUCGAGUAUGCAGAGCCGGGUGACGUGUACGGAGCUGUCAACGAUGGAAGGCUCGUCUUGGAGGGAACACCGAGACCUUUAAAGCUGUCACGAGGCCGAUCGCGCUUUGAUCCUAGCGACGCUGAAUGGACUCUGCCGGACGAGGAAGAAGCCAGUCGACAUUUCGACCAACAUAUCGAUGUGGUAGUGGACCAUCCGUGCCUGACCGCUCUAAUUGGUGUUGCACCCGACACACAAGAGUCCUUGCCCUUGUUCUGCCUUCCUCUCUUUAGCGAAUGCAGAGCAAGUGCGGAUCGAUCAAUAGGGGGCGAGUUCUGCUGCCUUCUUCUGGCACCAAAUGGCACAGUGAGGUGUCAAGAUCCGAGCAAUGGAUCGAGCACCAGGAUACAGAAGUCAGCAACAGGUGCGGAGGGGCAAUGGCCAGAAGUGUUCCAGCUCGUGGGCUUCGCGGUACUGAAUACCAGCCAAGAUCUGGAUCGUGUGUACUCAGGCUGGGCCAGCAAAUACCCGGUGCGAGAGGUCGUUAUUCGCUGA